ACAAACACUACAUAAGAAUGCAGUUCAAUUUCGACGAGCUGUGAUGCUCACUUAGUUCCGGUGACUGUGAAACCAGUCACCAACAGAAGCGGCUUAAGUUCAAGGUUCUUCUAGUGAACUUCUAUUGCGCUGACCCUUAUUUUUCAUUCCCUGGGAUAGAGUAAAACUGCAGCAUAAAUAUGGCUUUAACUCUCAGGAUUUUACUUGCUGUUGUGAUCUUGGCCUUCAUUGGAUCACACUGUCAUGGCCAGCGACCUCCUGGUAUAGGAAGCAUUUUUGACUUGGUUCGACCUACAAAUUCCGCUUGUACGGGUGACAGCGGAGAUAAAGGAAGUUGUUUAACGAGCAGAGAGUGCGGUGAACGUGGCGGCCAUUCCAUCGGAGUCUGUGCUAACGGGCUUGGACAAUGUUGCUACUUCAAAUUUACAUGUGGUGGUGUAACAAGUCGAAAUGAAACUGUAUUUGUGAAUCCCAGCUAUCCUCAAGGCGAGAACGGAACAACAGACACGUGCCAAGUUACAGUUGAGAAACAACCUAAUGUAUGUCAGCUGAGGCUGGACUUUGAAGAAUUUAGCUUAGCACAACCUGACAGAUUAGGUCUGUGUACAAAAGAUUCUUUCAUGGUCAGAACUACCGUUGGAGAACGCUUACCCAUUCUUUGCGGAGAAAACAGGGGUCAACACCUGUACAUUAAUAUGGGCAGAAGAUCUGGAAAUCCCGUUGUUUUGAGCGUUGUGAGCAACGGAGACCGAAUGAUUAGGAAAUGGAAAAUAAAAAUUUCAUUGGUUUCUUGUAAUAGCAUGGAUAUGGCCCCUCCUGGAUGUUUGCAGUACUAUCGCAGUCCAAGCGAAACCGUCCGCAGCUUCAAUUUUGGGCCGCAGAUCGACGGCCGGGUAAGAUACUUGAGCAACUUGCGUUACACUGUAUGCUUACGAGUGGAAGAGAACUUCUGUUCCAUCAAAUGGGAGACCGAGAAAUCUGAUUCAUUCAGCUGGGGGCUGCCAGAAAAUGCGGGAGGAUCAGGCAGCACAUGCAACGACGACGACUUCAUCUCCAUCGACGAAGGCAGCCUUGAUGGAUAUGGUGCAGGAGAAGACAGAUUCUGCGGAACCAGUUUACUCGACCGAAAUAGUGUCAUUUCACGCAGUAAGCCAUUCUUGCUAAAAGUUCGCAGCAAUAGUGAUGCUGGAGAUAAUGCGAAAGCCUCGCAAAGUGGAUUUUCGCUAAGAUACACACAGCUACCUUGCAUGAUAUGAAAAAAAAAGCAUAGAAUGCUUUCAUAAAAGAGCAAAACAUAAGAAUACUACCAGCACUUCUGAAUAUCAAAGAACACUUCAAUCACGUAUUAUUUAUUUAUUUACAUCAUUUAAAAUGUUAUAAUAAACAUUACUGUACUGGAUACAGUGUAUUUUCACAAUAAAAAAAUUAAUUUUUUU